GAGGAGGAGACUUUUUAAAGAGCAAUCUUGGGCCGGAGCCAUUUCAGCAGUAAGGAGAGCCUUCAUUUUAUCAACCUUGACCUUUCUGAGCAUGGGGAGCACAAACAAGGAGAGCAACUCCACAGAGAAAUCUGAAGAACAUAUGAGUUGCAGGCUUACAUCAGUAGAAGUUGAAGAGGGACCGGGAACUUCUGCUGAAACAGAGAUAGCAAAAAGCUCCGCACAGGGGACCAAAAGGAAAAGAGACACACAAAAUAGCACAGCCUGCGGUCCAGGAGACACGUCACAACGUGACGGCGUGAAACCUCCGAGGACCCCGACGCGGAUCCCCAUCCCCCCUCUUCCUUCUGUCCUGCCGCCUGUCAACCUGGUCCACAGGGAUGUCAUUCGAGCUUGGUGCCAGCAGCUGAAGCUGAGCACCAAAGGCCCGAAACUGGAUGGAUAUAAACGACUCUGCGAAUAUGCUUACCCUCAUCAAAAAAACUUUCCUGCCACGGCACAGGAGGCCAGGAUCCUGUCACUGUCGAAAAGGAUAAAGAUAGAAAAGGGGGAGCUACCCCUGGAAGGCUCCGAAGGGGCUGCUCCUCCUACAGGGGGGCCACCUGCCCUCGAGGGAGCUCCUCCGCCUCCUGAGGGAGUUGUCUCGACUUCUGCCCCCAACUCAGAAGCUGUGUUUGCCGCCUGGAGCAGGAUGACAACCAGGGCCGUGAAGACGGAGCCAGUACACUCACAAGAGACUGGUGAGGUCCGGUGGUGCGUGGUCCACGGGAGAAGUCUCCCAGCUAACACAGGCGGCUGGGCUCAGUUAGAGUUUCACGCUGGGCAGGCCUGGGUGCCUGGAAAGCGAAGGAGGGUGUCCGCACUCUUCCUGAUACCUUCUGGCGAUUUCCCACCCCCACACCUGGAGGACAACAUGCUGUGCCCUGAGUGUGUACACAGGAAUAAAGUUUUAACAAAAAGCCUGCAGUGAGAUCAUAAUAGCAGGAAAAGGGUACAGCUAUGAUUAUAAUUAAUGAUAGAGAAGUGACUACAAUCAACUCCACGGUGACUUUAGACAGCUGGACUCAGGGCCACUCCACUCUCUCCAUGCCUCCGGCG